AUGCCGUCCCUCCUGCUGCUCGGGACCCUCCUGCUCCUGGCCUCGACCGCCCGCCAGGCCGGGGCGCGCCCGUCCAACACCACAAGCGCCGAGCCCCCGGGCCCGCUGCCCGCCCUGCUGGCGCACCUGCGGCGCCUGACCGGGGCGCUGACGGGCGGCGGGGGCGCUGCGGGCUCGGGCGCCAACGGCACCAGGACCAGCACGGCGAGCGGGACCGGCGCGGCGGCGCGGGCGCCCCCUCCGGCCGAGCUCUGCCACGGCUACUACGAUGUCAUGGGACAGUACGACGCCACCUUCAACUGCAGCACCGGCUCCUACCGCUUCUGCUGCGGCACCUGCCAUUACCGCUUCUGCUGCGAGCACCGCCACAUGCGCCUGGCACAGGCGUCCUGCUCCAACUACGACACGCCGCGCUGGGCCACCACGCCGCCGCCGCUGGCCGGGGGCGUCGGGGGUGCCGGGGGUGCGGGCGGGGGGCCCGGGCCCGGCCAGGCCGGGUGGCUGGAAGGGGGCCGGGCGGGGGGCGCAGGGGGGCGCGGGGGCGAGGGCCCCGGGGGCAGCACGGCCUACGUGGUGUGCGGGGUCAUCAGCUUCGCCCUGGCCGUGGGCGUCGGCGCCAAAGUGGCCUUCAGCAAGGCGUCCCGUGCGCCCAGGGCGCACCGGGAGAUCAACGUGCCCAGGGCUCUGGUGGACAUUCUGAGGCAUCAGGCUGGGCCUGGGACCCGCCCGGACCGGGCACGAAGCAGCUCCUUGACCCCGGGGGUCGGGGGCCCCGACAGCAUGCCCCCGAGGACGCCCAAGACCCUCUACAACACCGUGAAGCCCUCCAAUCUCGACUGGCGUGCCGCUCCGCCACCCAGCCCCUCCUUGCACUACUCCACGCUGUCCUGCUCUCGGUCCUUCCACAACCUCUCACAUCUGCCCCCGUCCUACGAGGCCGCUGUGAAAUCUGAACUCAACCGCUACUCCUCCCUCAAGAGACUGGCCGAGAAGGAUCUGGAUGAGGCCUACCUGAAGCGCCGGCACCUGGGGGAGAUGCCCCGCGGGACGCUGCCCCUGCACACUCUUCGGCGACCUGGCACGGGGGGCGGCUACCGCAUGGAUGCCUGGGGCGGCCCCGAGGAGCUGGGCCUGGCGCCCGCGCCCAACCCGCGGCGCGUCAUGUCCCAGGAGCACCUGCUGGGCGACGCGGGCCGCGCGCGCUACGAAUUCACCCUGCCGCGCGCGCGCCUGGUGUCGCAGGAGCACCUGCUCCUCUCGUCGCCCGAGGCCCUGCGCCAGAGCCGGGAGCACCUGCUGUCGCCCCCGCGCAGCCCCGCGCUGCCCCCCGAGCCCGCCGCCCGCGCGGGUCUGGCCGCGUCCCAUUCCAACUUGCUGCUGGGACCCGGGGGGCCCCCCACGCCGCUGCACGGGCUGCCCCCGCCGCCCGGCCUGCACCCGCACCACCACCACGGUCUGCACGGCUCGCCGCAGCCCGCCUGGCUGUCGGACGCCGGCGGGGGAGGCGGCACGCUGGCGCGCAGGCCGCCCUUCCAGCGCCAGGGCACGCUGGAGCAGUUGCAGUUCAUCCCCGGCCACCACCUGCCGCAGCACCUGCGCACCGCCAGCAAGAACGAGGUGACCGUCUGAGGCCAGGCCCGGGGGCUUGGGGGCCGCGGCCUCGCGGGGGCCCCCAUCCCAGCCCGGAUCCCUCAACACACUCCAGGGGCCUGGGACCCAGGAUCAGCCUGUGGCCAGGGGGCUGCCUCCGGGGACACUGCUUUGGAGACAAAACCUCCUUCUGGGAUGUCACGGUAGAUAAGAUCCCUCCUCCUAUGUCACCGUUUGAGGCAAGGCCUCUUCCCAUGACGUUAUCACAGAGGAAGAGCCCUGCCUGUGAGCUCAUCACUAGUGAAAAUGUCUGUGUUCUGUGAUGUCAUCACAGGGACAAAACCUCCUCCCACCAAUCCGUCACAGAAGAAUAGGCCCGCUCCUGAAGUCAACACUAGCGGCCAUGUCUAUGUUCCAUGAAGUCAUCACAGACUUUCUUCCUGGGAGGUCACAGCAGAGGCAAUGCCUUACCCUAUGACAUCAUCCCUAGAGACAAAGAUUCCUUCCUGCGAAUGUCAUUGCAGAGACAAGUCUCACCCUUAUGGUGUCAUCUCCGGCACCAAAAGGCCUCUUCUGACAUCAUCGCCAGGAAAAUAUUUUCUUCCGGAGAAGAUGCCUCUGUCUAUGAUGUUGUCGCUACAGACAAAGCCAUCUUCCUGGGACACAUCGCAAGCAAAAUGCCUUGCCAACUGUGUCCUCGCUAUCCAUGGGACUGUCCACGACACUGUCACAGGGACUCUGCCUCCUUCCUGUGAUGCCAUCUCCAGAGAAGGUGCCUUGCCCUAUGACAUUAUCAGAGGGACCGUGCCUCUUCCCGUGAUGUCAUCACCAGAGGUGACAACCUGCCCCUGGGGCACUCCAGGAUGAGGCCCCUUCUGUGGUAUCACCACUGGACUCUGCCUGCUCGGAGGUGAUGCGGUAAGACACCUGCACUGCUCCUGUCCUAUCAUGAGAAGGCAGGGCACGCCCAGAAUCCAUGACGACCCCCCAGGGUCACCAGAGAAAGGGCCCUGAGCUGAGACAUCUGAGGGAUGUUGCUGCUGCGGAGGCAACCCCACCCGGAGAGAAUGGUCUGACUGUAGGUCGUUGGCAGCAGGCCCCCGCUGAGGUUCCGUCCCGGGAUUGUGAUGACAUCACCACAGACACUGCCUGCUCUGGAGGGCCAUCAUUUGCGAUGGUGUCACCGGAGUUUCCGCCUUGUCCUGCCAUGACUUCACUUGGUCGCUCCUGUCCCUGACAGCAAGGACAUGCCCUGCAGGACUUCCACCAGACUCUCCCUCUAAAGGGUGGCUGGGCCUCAGACCCCACCCCUGUGCAGUGAUGUCACCUCCUGUGUGACUCCUCAAGGACAGGACUCCCAAGGAGGCCACUCUGGCCCACCAGCCUCCCAGAGUCGUGGGACUCGCAGUGGCCCAAAAGCUGGCCUCGCUUCUUUCUGCCAUAACGAGAGACAUCACUGCCUCUGUCAACAAACUCCUGGAUUUCUGUUGGGGGUGAG